CUUCCCUCCUCAAAAAUCCAUCCAACUUCUUCCACCCAACUCUUCCUUCAAACCAAUCAUUCCUCCGUACAACUCUUCUUCAAGCCCAAUCCUCUCAGCAAACAGUUCUCCACCACCGCCAAGAUGAAGGUCCUUGCCUUGCUUGCUGUUCUUCUCUCUUUCUUCAUCAACAUGAUCCACGCUGCUCCCCUUCAUACUCCUCUCCGUCAUGAUACCCCUGCUAUCAUCAAAGACUUCGAGCAGGUCGGUGCUCGUGUGGCUGAGCUUGACAAAGCCAUCAAAUCUUUCGGUCCCAAGACUGACGUUGGUACCAUCCGCAACCUCACCUCUAACGUUGAGAUGGCCAUUGUUCACACUCACAACGAUGUCGACUGGAACAAGAGUUUCAACGAAAAGGACAGCAAGGCUAUGGCUUCAUCGGCGGAUUGAAUUCUUAUUGCUUUUGUCUUGCGAAAUAAAACGCUUUGGUGUGAGCGCUAUGUCAAUGGAAUUUUAGCUUACCC